AUGGACAAGAAAGAAACCUCCCCAGCUGCUUUAGCUACCGCAGCCAACUCUAUCGUCAACAAUGGCCCUGUCGCAAUCGGUGCCUACUGUUUUUCGUCCAUCUUGAUGACCGUCACCAACAAGUACGUCGUCUCGGGCAGCGACUUCAACCUUAACUUCUUUUUGCUUGCGGUGCAGUCGACCGUGUGUAUCUUGACGAUUUCCGUGCUCAAGUAUUCUGGGACCAUCACGUACCGCCAGUUCAACCCGACCGAUGCAAAGCAGUGGUCGCCAAUUGCAUUCAUGUUGGUCGUGAUGAUCUACACCUCCUCCAAGGCGUUGCAGUCGCUUUCCAUUCCGGUGUACACCAUCUUCAAGAACCUCACCAUUAUCUUGAUUGCUUACGGUGAGGUUAUCUGGUUCGGUGGCCAGGUCACCUCCAUGGCGUUGUCUUCGUUCCUCUUGAUGGUGCUCUCCUCCUUCAUCGCCUGUUACGGUGACAACAAGGCGACCUCCGAUUUGGGCUUGGGUAUCGGCUACAUCUGGAUGUUCGCCAACUGUAUCUCUUCUGCUGGGUUUGUGUUGGUCAUGAGAAAGAGAAUCAAGUUGACCAACUUCAAGGACUUUGACACCAUGUACUACAACAACCUUUUGUCCAUCCCAAUGUUGUUGAUCUCCUCUUUUGUCUUGGAGGACUGGUCCUACGACAACUUGCGGUUGAACUUCCCACCAGCCACCAGAAACAUCAUGAUCUUCUCCAUGAUCUUCUCCGGGAUGUCUUCCAUCGGUAUUUCUUACUGCUCCGGCUGGUGUGUCAGAGUUACAUCUUCCACCACCUACUCCAUGGUCGGCGCCUUGAACAAGUUGCCAAUUGCCUUGUCCGGGUUGGUGUUUUUCGACGCCGCCAUUAACUUCUGGUCUGUCUCGUCUAUUUUCCUCGGUUUCUUGGCUGGUAUUGUCUACGCCGUGGCCAAGGAGCAACAGAAGAAGCAGGAGGUUUCCUUGCCAACGCAGAAGUAA